CAGCAAAGCUCGUCAAAUACAACCGGAUCAGCAUCAGCGUCCUCUGGUGGAGGCACAACGACAUUUGGAAGCGGGUCGUCAUCGUCAAACAUUGAUGUGCUACAGCAAUCCAUUACAUUCUCUGAUGACGACGACCUUCCUGCAUGGAGUCUAGGAGAGCGCGGCGGCCGAGACGGAAUUACUGGAGCUAGCGUCGCGCAUGUAGUGAACCAAGGUCCUUGUAGUCUGCUUCACGGGCUGCCCGAUGACGCCGCUCUCUCCGACCAUUUUGACCCAGGACUAGGAGCUCGCGGAAAGACGGACGCAGGUACUGCUGCUUCUUCCCAGAGUGUGAGCAACGAGGGCUCGGCCAAAGACGAUGUGCCAGGGACUGGUGGCGUUGUAGACUCCGCUGUGUUAACUUCACACUUGAUGCGGAAGCUGCACGGUUCUAACAUGCACCCUGGCCUAAACGCCGCAGUCUCUCGCGCGCUGGAUUCAAGCGACGGGAAAGUUGGGUUGCAGACUGUUUGCCCACCUGGUGCAAGCGGCAUGAUGUCUUCAGUUCCCGAAAAUGAAAUGACCGACGCGCAAAGUGCCGGUGGGGCUGGAGGGGCCAACCUUUCACAGCAAUUUCAGUCUACUUUUUCAGAUGGACUAGGAGAGCAGCUGCAGCAGGAUCUAGUCUCGCAGAUGCUCGCAGAUCCUGGCCUCGCUAAGCGGGUGCGGUGGGAAGAGCUGCCAGUUUCGUCGCAGCAACUUCUAAAGAGCGAAGUUGCGCAACUAAAUUGCAAAGCCGUUUCAGCUUUGGGUGACGGUGCGCGCGUGUACGUUCGGGAACCGAAACAGGCCCUGAGAACGAUGACAAGCGCCCUGCUCUGUCCGGACGCUGUACCACAAAAUACCCCGCGAAAGACUGUGUGGUCGACAUCUUCUUCCUCUAAAGCAACGACAACAGUAUCUGCAAUGUUGCAAGACGCGGAAAUAGCAGCGUCAGGGAGCAUCGCGUCUUCUUUUGACCCGACUCAUGUUCCGCCAAGUUCCUUAGUGCAGGCCGUGACGGUUCCCUUGUUCAGACAGGCGGAGGCCGCGCAGCAAUUGAGCAACACCUUCCGUAGUAGUUUGGCGAAGUCGGGUGCGGGGCGCAUUGACAUCGAGCACGUAAUGCGUACGAGGAGUCGGGCAGGAGCCGCGGUGCGGGACCUGUAUAUCGACGAGUUCGAGUCCAGCGGCGACGAGCAACAAAAUUCACUAGCGCCUGAAUUCGAGUACGAUUCUGACGACCAGUUGCGAAAGAACGUAAAGCGCUUGGUUCGUGACUACGUCGACAUCAGCGACGACGACGACGAAUUUUGCAGCGAUGAGGACGAAACUUCUAUGUCGAAGACUGCACGUACAACUGGAGAUGCUGAGAGCUUGGCAGAUAGUAAAGCAGAAACGGUACCAUAUCAAGCGAGCAAGAACUUCAACUUUGGAAGCAGCUGCAAUGCUAGUAUAAUAGGUUCGCAGCGCCCUCGUAGUGCAGCUAGCUAUCAUCGUAUGGGAGUACGCGAGGUACGGAAGUUGCAGGCCUUAUCGUAUUACAAGCAAAUGCUUCUCUGUCCGAUGCAGAAGCGUGGCAUGUACAAGAGGCGACGGUUGAAAAAGACAGAUCGCUUCAUGGGUUCGGAGUCUUUUCAACGAUUGGCAUCAGGAGUUCGGUCCCUUGUGCGGGACAAGAACAAAAAGCAGGGUUCCUCACCCAACAAGGAUGACGCAGCGGCGUGGAAUCGUGCGGGCGGGCCGCUCGGGCUCCCGACUAGACUUACCAAGGGUUCGUUUCUGGGAUCUCGUGGCAUCGCGGAAACGCAGCAGAAUCGCAUUGACCAACAGAACAAUGCGACGUGGUGGCAAAUUGCGCGAGGACAAGUAUCCUUGGAUUCCCUGCACCAAUCCGGUGUCUCGGUAUCAGAUCCAAGCAAGCUGGAUGAGGUACUUCGUGAAACCUUUCAGCAACAGCAACUUGCUAAGCCAGGUGAGAACAAGAUAAAAGGUAGUUAUCCAAAUGCUGGUGGCAUCAACAAGGAUAACAUCAGUUCUUUGCCACUGGACGGUACAGAUGCGACGGGGCAGCACUUGUACGGCAUGUGUGACGUAGAGUCGCCAUUAUACUUAAAUUCCCAAGGGGGCUUGGAACCACCUCCUGGAGCAGGCGGCGCAUCUGGCCAACAACAUCAACAGCAACAUCAACAUCAGGCUGGCGUGGAAAACGCGGUACUUGCGGCCGCACGGAAACGGCGUGCGCUACAGACACCUAACACGCCGUACCGAGCAAGCCCCUGGGGCUCUCUGCCCAGCGCGCUUUCUCCGAUGGACCAAAUGCACCAGCAAGCGACUGGCAAUGGUAUGUCACCUGCUCUGAGAGAGAUCGCCGAGACCGGACAAGGGGUCUCACCUGGCGGCGCGCAGGGACGGCUCAGGGACAUUGCGAGUCGCUCGGGUAAGGUUAUGCUAACGCGUAAUCGUAAAAGCGGAAACAUGCAAAUUCAUCGCCUAGGUAGUGCGGGAAACGCCAUACCCAUUGGUGCCACCACGGGAAAUAGCUUUCAUGAGGUUGGUGGAGGACCUGCUUUCCCCAAUAGUACUGGGGGCGGCGCUGGUAGCAGUAGUGGAGCAUGCUGGCCUCAAGGACCUAGCACUUCACCGCUUGUAACUGAGGGCGGCACAAUGCUCGGACUCGGAAACUUCGAAGACGCUAUCAACACGAGGCGACUUGUCUGUAGCGGCAAUCAGACAAAGAGCAUAACAGGUAGUGCGACUGCUUCGGGAUCGAAUUCCGUUACGGUUGAAGGUGCGUUGGAGCGUGGAGGCGGUCGACGCAAUAGUCACAGCAGCAGCGGAAACCGAGGAGGGGAUGACAGCAGGAGCCCCGGCGUAUCCUUAGUAGAACAAAUGGGUGCGGAACAGAGCACAGAGGUAUCGGUGUCCUCAUCAACUAGCAACAGUCCAGCCAAAAACGCCCUGUCGCCGAACACAAGAUCUCCAAACCGGGCGGCGCAUAAACGAGGCAUCUUCGUUCAUCAAGGGUCGCCAGCAAAAAUGGCAUCAAAGCGGCGGUACUCAAGCGGAUUGCAUAAGUCACCGGCCCCGGCUGCUGGGAAAGAGAGCAGCACACUUGUACAACAUGCUGAAGUGGAGCAGCACAACCCUAACUACAGUACAGGAGAUGACAAGGCCACAUCAAGAUCAACAACGGCGGCGCCUACUUCUUCUAGCGCGUCAGCAGUAGGGGACUCCUCCGAGCUGCAGCAGCAAGUGUACCCGGAAACAGAGGCAGCGCGCUUUGCAGGUUGGACAAAGACUGACGAAGCAGCACAACCACAAGAAUGCCCAGCCGCUGUCGUGGCUGGGCCGAAUGAAGACAGGGUGGGAGAGAAAAAGACGCAAGACGAACAACAUCGAGAAGGCGGAGCUCCAGAUUACCAGAAGAGCGACACAAGAAACGCGGCACAUCAGUUGACACAGGACAUGUCGCAAAGUGUUUCUGUCAUCGUAGGAGAGACUGCGAUGGUCGUAGACAAUAUGCAAGCGUCGCACAAAACUACGGAAGAGCCCAGUGCGGCUUCUUCGUUUUUUAGAAAUGAUAGCGAAGAUCUCUACACAAACACGACAACAUCAUCUUCUAGUACUGGAGGUGCCAACCACAAAAGCCAGAAACAUCAAAUUGCGGCGUCGAAGCACCUACAACCUGCGGCUGUAACGUUAGACGCUGUGGAGACAUCGACCGUUUUAAAGCCGCACUUGUUUGAUGGGCACCAGACUGGCGAGACAUCAACAGCGUUAAAGCCUCACUUGUUUGAUGGGAGUCGGCCUGUUGGCAGGCGGAAAGGUCGUGACAAAGUGGCUCAGCAAACUCCUGGUGGGGAGCUUAACUCUGGUUUCUCAUCUGAAGUAGAAUUUUGCAGCUCAGAACUGAGGACGCAAAGUGAGGGAGAUCAGAUGAAGGUCACCUCGACAACAACAGGUAGUGGAGGUAGAAAUACUACGAACGCAGGUCCAGGUGAUGGACCUUCAGCAGCCUCUUUCUCAUCGAGUCGCUGCACGUCGUCAGGCGUAUCAGGUGGGCUACAACCUGGUGUUGUAGAAGGAGGAGCGCGAGUGACCAGAAGUUCGUCGCACAGCAAGAAUGGACGCGCCGGUGGAGGGUCAAAAUUUCUUGACUAUCUGCAGACAAAAAGGUCAACAGCAGCUAAACUAGUAAGCGAAUCCAUACAUUCUCUGAGUAACAAAAAUGGUAUCCACGACCCUGAAGAAAGAGCUGGAGCAGCAUAUGCGGUUGGGAGCGACAUGGGGUCGGAUGGUGGAUACCACAAUGCAGAUAAUACUCUCAACGCCGAAGUAGAAAAUAGAGGUGCUGCCUUGUCGGGGUCGUCGGUAGAGGGAUCUACUCACCUAGAUGCAGGUCGUUCAACAGACUUGGACACAGCUGCGAUCGAGCUACUGCACACCGGUCAUUUAGGAGCAGGAGUUCAGCAGCAGGGUUCGUCAUCGUCUUCGUCGAGAGUUUUCAGGGGCGAAGUUGGUUUUGAUAUUGCCGUGGACGAUUUUCCAAAGAGCGCAGCGCAUCAACUACGAGCGAAUAUCAUGCACUCUCCGGACGAGGAUCGAGGUGAACAUGACGAUGAAGAUGCGAUAGGUUCGGUGUCUUCCAUAGCUGCCGGGGCAAGCAGUAGUGUUUUGCACUCCAUGAACACAAGACUGGGAGAGAGGAUGCAAUCUCUGAGGAGUCAAUUUUCUGAACCUCGAAGAUCUGAGCGCUCUGUACUCGGAAGCAGCCUCAAGAAAACAGCAUCGCGCCACUACAGCGGUGCGCCAGGAGGAGGCAGUCCAAGCAAACGUAACUUCUAUUGAGGACGAGAGUGAACCCGAAAGAAGAAACGAACAAUCGCAGUAUUGAAUUAUAUUUAUUAUUUAAGUAUGAUUUUGAUUAGAAAUUGAAAUCUAAAGAUCACGAGAUGGUGAUCUUUAGAUUUCUAAUCAAAAUCAUACUUCAUCGAGAUGGAUGUUGCGUAGUAUUAGUUUUUGUCACUUCUGUUGUUUCUUUUAGCGUGCGCAUUAUCACUUGAAUUUUUUACCUUAAUCAAUCGUUUUGGAAUGGUUCAGUUUAGUUCAUUUUUUUCCAAAAAAAUAGAGGAAAAUCACGAGAAAAACUAUGUUGUGUGCGACAUGGCUUUCUCGGAUGUAAAGAGCAGGACAGUGUUUUUAGUCUUUCGUAGUUCUAGUCAAAAGUAGAAAAGCAGAAUGAAAGUGCGAUGUUGAAGAGAAUACACGUAGAUAGCUUCCAGCCUAUAGUGUUUUAGUCAAUCGAGCCUGAAAAAGUGAGAGAUAUAGACCGCUGCGCGAACGUACUUACGAGUUAAGGAUAAAAAAGCUACCAGAUAGUACAGGGCUGAGCAUAGUACACAGUAAGAACAACAGCAAGACUCUUGUGGGAAUCUUCAGUCAUUUUUUUUUCGUUACAAUUUUAAGCAUGCAAUUUAGGUUAAUCCGCUUGAGAAUGCAGCUAAACCCUGCGGACGGCGGAUCGCAUCCUAAUCCUAAGCAAGUAUCAGCAUUGCGCGACAUUGGUUACCCGCCGCUCAGGUAAUCAAUAUCAAU